AUGGGUAUUGGAGAUAAAUUACACGAAACAGCUGAUAGGAUUCAAAACAAAUUUGCCGGAUCGAAUGUCAAUAGUGGUAAGGAUAAUUCUUUUGAAGAACAGAAACCUUUCACAUCUAAUGAAGUAGAACAUGAAUACUCAAAGGGUAAGAAGAAGACAGGAAAGACAGCAGAGUUUGUCGAUAAUGUCGAUAAAAAAGUAGGACAUGACGUAGGUCGUGACACCCUAAGUGGAACCGACAAAGGAUUAGGAUCUAAGGCUCUCCACUCAAAGCAAGAUCAGCCUCCUGAACGUGAUGAUGUCAGAAAGGAUGUUGCUUCAGAUGCAUUCAUGAAGGGUGAAAUCACUCGAGGUGAAAAAUAUGGUCUUAAUUCAAAGGGUCAACAAACCCAUCCAACUUUUAACCAAGCAUCUGGUUUACAAUAUGUUGAUCCCCAAGAUGAUAUGGGUUGGGAACAACCUUUCACUGGGUCUGAUUGGAAACUGUAUUCUCGUGAGUACAACCCAGAUCAUUCAAAAGCUGAACAUUUAAGUACUCCUCCAGAUAAAGGAGGAAACCAAACUGAAAACUUUACAUAUACAGGUAUUCCAGCCAAUCUUGACGUUAAUAUGGAUGAAACAACACCUCGUGGUCAUACCAGUAAAGAUUACGCCCGUACAAAUAUAGGAGGUUCUUCUUUGACUGAUCACAGUAAAAACCCAGAACCACAUUCAGGUUAUGAAGAUGUAAGAACUAGAACAGUGACGGGAGAAGUGCAAAAGGGAAAGGGAACUAGCACAUCCAUUUAG